GUUCCUUCCAGGGACACCAUGUUGUUCUUCACCCUCCUGCUAGAGGUGAUUUGGAUCCUGGCUGCCAACGGAGGUCAACACUGGACAUAUGACGGUCCACAUGGUCAAGACCACUGGCCAGCCUCUUACCCUGAGUGUGGAAGCAACGCCCAGUCCCCCAUCAACAUUCAGACAGACAGUGUGACUUUUGACCCUGAGUUGCUACCUCUGCAGCCCCAUGGAUAUGAACAGCCUGGCACUGAGCCUUUGGACCUGCACAAUAAUGGCCACACAGUGCACCUCUCUCUGCCCCCUACCCUGUAUCUGGAAGGACUUCCCCGAAAAUACGUAGCUGCCCAGCUCCACCUGCACUGGGGUCAGAAAGGAUCCCCGGGGGGGUCAGAGCACCAGAUCAACGGCGAAGCCACAGCUGCAGAGCUCCACAUUGUACAUUAUGAUUCUGAUUCCUACGAAAGCUUAAGUGAGGCUGCUCAGAGGCCUCAGGGCCUGGCUGUCUUGGGCAUCCUCAUUGAGGUGGGUGAGACUAAGAAUCCAGCUUAUGAACACAUUCUGAGUCACUUGCAUGAAAUCAGGCAUAAAGAUCAGAAGACCUCAGUGCCUCCCUUCAACCUGAGAGAGCUGUUUCCCCCACUGCUGGCGCAGUUCUUCCGUUACAAUGGCUCGCUCACCACACCGCCCUGCUACCAGAGUGUGCUCUGGACAGUCUUCAGUCGAAGGGCCCAGAUUUCAAUGGGACAGCUGGAAAAGCUUCAAGAGACACUGUUCUCCACGGAAGAGGAGCCCUCUAAGCUCCUGGUACAGAACUACCGAGCCCCUCAGCCUCUCAAUCAGCGAACGGUCUUUGCUUCGUUCAUCCAAGUGGGAUCCUUGUAUACCACAGGUGAAAUGCUGAGUCUGGGAGUGGGAAUCCUGGUUGGCUGUCUCUGCCUUCUGCUGGCUGUUUAUUUCAUUGCUAGAAAGAUUCGGAAGAAGAGACUAGAAGACCGGAAAAGUGUGGUCUUCACCUCAGCACGAGCCACCGAUGCAUAGACUCCUUUCCGGUCACCACAGAUGCCUUCCCCUCGCCUAUCAGGGAGCUUCUAAAGUGGGGUGCAGGGACUGGCCAGAAAAUACUGUAGGAGUAGGCUGAUAUCCCACCUUCCUCCAGACAGCCCCUACACAGAGGUAUGGACAGGCUCUCAUUCAAGGAAGAACAACAGAACCUUCAGCCUCUCAAAACAUGUAGAUCAGGACAGCCCUAUGUUGACAAUGCAGAGGGUAAACUGUGUUUAGUUGUAGGGGAAGCUGGGGAUGUGCCUCAAAGUCCCCCACGCCCUCAUCUUUAUAUCCCUGUCCCUAGAUAUAGUACAAGAUCUCCCCUUAGGAAAAAGGGUUGCUGCUGUUAUGCUUUUUUCCCUCAAUAUAUUAGGAAAUUAAAUUUGCCGACCCCA